GGGUUGUUCCGGAUAUCAGACGAAAAAGAGGAAAUUUUUUUUGUUAGAGAAGCAAGCUAGAAGGUCCAACGACUGUAAAAAACCCUGAGUGUUGAUGACCCGGCGCUCCUAGAGCGAGGAGCCUGGUACAACUGGUGGACGUGCCCUCCACCGCCGUUGCGAAUCGCAGGUUUGCGAUCGCAAUUCCUGCUACCGUGUCAUGAAUAUGACUUCACUCGUACCCUCUCCCGACGAUAAUUCCGGCCUGGAAGCAAGCAAUACAGGAACAACACCUUCGCACCUAACAGCUGUGCCGACGCACGAACAAGGAGUGGAUCAACAUGCUGGGCCAGCAUCCGCUGGAGGCAGGACCGAGCCGGGAAUUGGCCAGGAGCAGAAGUACUUUUUGCUUUUCACUGUUAGUCACAGUUUUGUGCGUGGUAAGACAUCACUGCUGGUGCUACAGCACGAAGCCGUUUGUUGUUGCCUUGUCUCGAGAUCUUGUGCAUCCAAUGCAAAUGCAAAUCCAACUGGUAGUUGGAAUAUGAACAAGAAUGUGAAAUCCAAACCACGACUUCAUCGCCACCAGUUCAUCUGUUACUCGCGGUGGGGCCCGAUCGAGUUCACCCGCGCAACAAGAGAACAAGGACCCCGGCGCUAAUAUCACACCACAACAACCUGGCGCGAUGACAACGAGCCCAAGUGAGAUGAGCGGUGCCCCUGCGAGCAAGCUGAACCAGCUGGAUACUCCACAACAGCAGCAUCAAGCAGAUAGUGACGACAGUAACAAUCCGAGCGAUCGGAGUUUUCGGCCUAUAGAGGAGGUCUGUGCGGUGCAGAGCUAUCCGCAGAGGAUAGAAAGCCAGGUCACGUUGUUGGGAGCAGGGGAGGUGGAUUCGGGCGGUAAGACGCCGGUACGGGCACAGAAAAGCAAUCUCUCCUCGCCCAUGAACAGGUCACCAAACAAAUUCCCCAAAAAUGUCUCGUUCCAGAGCCGGGUCAGUGUCGUGCAGGUAUUAUUGCGAACAUCUUGUUCUGGCAUAGAUGAAGCAAGAUUUGGAUAGUUGAUUGUUGUAGUGCAUGGAGAUGAUGCAUCACAGUCGUGUCGACAAACAGGUUGUGAUGUAUGUCGAAAAAAAAAACGCGAACACCAUCACUUCUAAGGUAGAAAGCGUGAAGCAGCAGCAGAGUGAUAGGAGGCGACCAGAUCCGGACGCGGAUGGUUGUUGCGGACCUAGUGGUGGGCUGAUGCACACGCCGCCGAGGAACGUGCCGGAUAACCAGGGGAGGGUCGUGCGCCUGAACCUGAUCCACGUUGCUAGGGGAAACAUGCUGUUUGGGGUACAUGCAGGUACUAACAAUGCAGCUGAUGUGUCAGUAGUUAUAGUUGAAUGCUCCUGUCGCUUCUGCGCCAAAUGCAUGUAAAAGAAAACGCUUCAUGAUGAGAUGCUAAGUCUAACUAUCCUCAAUUUGUAAUCUAGGUCUUCGCGAGCUUGACAUAAUGCACGUUCCGAAACCACUGCGGCAGAAGGGCUUGAAAGCAGAAACCUGGAGAGAAAUGACACUCAAUCUAACGAAACUGCAACAGUAUUUUUGUCAUACUUGCUUUUCUGUAGCAUCACCUUUGUAUUUGUUUUUUGUGAAAAAUUAGUUUGUCGCUGUACGUCCUCGUGUGGCGUAGUAGUUCAAGUUCCCACUUGACUCCGUCUCACAUGAAAAUCAUCAAACUAACCUGAAUUGCGAAGUAGAGCGAUGGUGAAAAUUCGAAAUUUCCAGAAAGCAUAUGAUUCCGUGGAUGCGGCUUCCGUCAAAUAAGGACAAGCUGAGAGACUGCGCGAAAAAGUGGGACGCGGAGAUGCGCAUGUGGUUUCAGUCCUGCAACGACGUUCUGAAGCCGAUAGGUGUCUAUCUCCAGCCGGCGUCACACUGCGAACCUCACCAGAACCGUAUUUAAUCUUCGACCUUGUGGCAACAAACUGAGUAAUUCCAAAAAAAAUUUAAGUCGCAAAGAUUGCAUCGACGAUGCAUCUGCAAACGUGUUCUACAUGGACAUCGUAUAGAUACAAAACAAAAUCAAAAACUAUAGGACGCGGGCGCGUGGAGAGGUGGUUUUCGUUUGCCCUGACCGCGGAUGAGCGGGAUUCGUUGAUGGAAGAACCUACCAUGUUUGGAUACAUCCGUCCCGAGGAGGCAGAUUUCAUCAUGCACCCACCCUACACUUGGUAUUGAUAGGUAAGCAGGGUUAAGAUGAGUUCUUCCCUUCAACUGCUCGACGUCAACUAGGACGAAAAAGUACUUCUUCACCUCCAGACCAUGCUGAAUUGGUCGACGCUGGUUCUUGAGAAUUCAUUCUAACGGUUCAGGAAUCAAAAGAAAUAAACCAACAAAUUCUUCUAACGAUAAGGACAAAAUUUCUCUACUAACUCAUCGUCACUCUGUUGAAAUUUCAAUUACAAUUUUCAAUGUUUAUGAUUAUAUCCGAAAGAAAAGGCCGCUGACGUGGUCACUGAGUCUGACAUAGCAUGACGUAGUCACUGAGUAGGUACAGCAUGAUGAGCAAAUCCAAAUGUAGAAUGAGUUUCACUACAAGUAAAUCUACUAAUCACCUUGAGCAAGAAGAGCUUCCAAAUGAUCCAGAGAGUUAGCUAAGAAGCUGUGUGCAAAACAUGGCUUCAAAUAUGAGAUGAGUACAAAUGCAUCACAGCGAUGAAAAAAUCUUCAACAUGCUUGUACAAAAACUAAUUUUGAAUUGAGGAGGCGCAGUGGUUUCAAU